CUAUGAAUACCGGCCUUAAAGCAAGAUUGUGGACCAAGGGUUACUCCUGUCGAUCCUUAACUUACAAUUCUGUAUAUCGUGACAAAUUAUUGCAAUAGCGACGCAACUACGGAAAGCCGUAUCUUACAGUGCAUAGCAUCAUUCGAUCAUCAUCGCUUAAUCUUAUUUCAUUUAACGAAGAACACAACCAUGGCGUCACCAGAUUCGACCAAUAUUACUCUUAAUGCUGUAACAAAUGUUGAAGAGACAACGGAAAAUAUCAAAGAAUUGGCAGAAUCAAAAAAAGAAGUUGCUAAUCAAUAUUAUUCUCAAAAACAAUAUAAAAAGGCAUUGAUUGGUUAUAAUGAAGCUAUUGCAAUGUGUCCUAAUAUAUUGCGUUACUAUAGCAAUAGAGCAGCAUGUUAUAUGAUGCUUGGACAAUAUCGAGAUGCAUUAACAGAUGCUAAAAAAUGUAUCGAAUUAGAACCAAAAUUUUCCAAAGCAUACAUAAGAAUGAUCAAGUGCUCGUUGAUCUUGGGUGAUAUUGUAGAAGCUGAAACUAUAUUAAAGAAACUUCUAGAGUUUGAUCCCAAUAAUGAAUCAAUAGCUACAGAACAAAGAGACUUAGCAUACGUACAAAAGUUUCUUAAAGAUGCUGAUGCUUCUUACAAUGCUAAAGAUUAUCGCAAAGUUGUAUAUUGCAUGGAUCGUUGUUGCGACAUUAGCACAUCUGGCACACAUUUUAAGCUAACCAAAGCAGAGUGUCUAGCUUUUUUAGGAAGAUAUCAAGAAGCUCAAGAUAUUGCGAAUGAUACUUUACACAUCGAUAAACAAAAUGCUGAUGCGAUAUAUAUUCGCGGAAUGUGUUUAUAUUUCCAAGAUGAUGUUGAUAGAGCCUUUACACAUUUUCAACAAGUACUGCGACUAGCACCAGAUCAUACCAAAGCAUUAGAAAUAUACAAGAGAGCAAAAUGUUUGAAGAAGAAAAAAGAAGAAGGCAAUGCAGCAUUUAAAAGGGAACAGUAUCAAGAAGCAUAUAAUCUUUAUAGCGAAGCGUUAACUAUUGAUCCACAUAAUAUUAUGACUAAUGCUAAAUUACAUUUCAACAAGGCAACAGUAGCAGCUAAGUUGGGAAGAUUGAGUGAGUCCAUAACAGAAUGUACUGAAGCUCUCAAACUUAAUGAAAAUUAUUUAAAAGCUCUUCUUAAAAGAGCAACCAUCUAUAUGGAACUUGAAGAAUAUGAAGAAGCAGUCCGAGAUCUAGAAAAAGCAUGUAAAAUGGAUAAAAAUAAUCGUGAAACCAAACGAUUACUUGCAAAAGCGAAAUUAUUGCUAAGAAAGUCCAAGAGGAAAGAUUAUUACAAAAUUCUGGGUAUUGAUAAAAAUGCAUCAACUGAAGAUAUCAAAAAGGCGUAUAGGAAACGAGCUUUAGAUCAUCAUCCAGAUCGUCACGCUAAUGCAAGUGAAGGCGAAAAAAGAGAACAAGAAAAGAAAUUUAAGGAAGUUGGAGAAGCUUAUGGUAUUCUUUCAGAUCCCAAAAAACGAUCUCGUUAUGAUCGUGGUCAUGACUUAGAUGAUAAUGAGAGUAAUUUUCAAGAUAUGGAUCCUAAUGCAAUGUUCCAUUUCUUUUGUCAAGAUGGAGAGGGUUUUCAAUUUCAGUUUCAGGAUGGCUUUCCUGGUGGUUUCCAAUUUCAAUUUCCAGGUUAACAAUAUUUCUCCAAAAGUAUAAUACAUAACAUGAAUGUAGCUGUGUAUAUGAUGUUCGAAUUUAUUUUAGUAAAUACUGCAUCGACUUUUUCUAAUACUUAAUCAGACGAUGUAAUGUAGUAUAGUUAAUUUGCAUUUCGUGAUUUUGAAACAGGCAUUCACCGGCACAAUUAUGUGCAAUUAUAUAUAAUUUAUUUAAGUAUGACACUAUUAUAAAUAAUAUA